GCCUAUGGGGCGGUUUCUGCAGAGGUUGAAGCACUUUAUUUAAUCCUCUCACUUGAAAAGUGGAACGCAGUCCUCAUUCGAGGUGUCAUAGUCGUGCGAGGAGUCAUCAGAGACGCAGCGAUGCUACGAGACUGCGUGUUGCUCGCUGUUUUUUGGGUCGGUGUCGUCCCCUCAGGGAUCCCUCAUGGCGCCAUACACUGGACAUACCAAGAGGGAGGUUUGGACCAGAUGCACUGGCCGACCAAGUACCCGGCGUGUGGGGGUAAAAAACAGUCCCCAAUUGACAUCCAAAGGCGCCGCGUGAGACACAAUCCGGAUAUGUUGCAGCUGGAGCUGAGUGGAUAUGAUGCUCAGAGAGGAACUUUUCUCAUGUCCAACAAUGGACAUACGGUCCAAAUUGAACUGCCACCCACCAUGAAGAUCACAAAGGGCCUGCCGGGAACAUACACCGCUGUUCAGAUGCAUCUUCACUGGGGUGGCAUGGACCUGGAGGCCAGCGGAGCAGAGCACACCAUCGACGGCAUCCGCUAUAUGGCAGAGCUCCACGUUGUCCAUUACAAUUCAGACAAGUACAAGAACUUGAUGGAAGCCAUAGAUAAACCAGACGGUCUGGCAGUACUCGCCUUUUUCUAUGAUGAUGGGCAUUUUGAGAACACCUACUACAGUGACUUCAUCUCCAACCUUGCCAAUAUCAAAUAUGCAGGUCAAUCCAUGAACAUUUCCAGCCUCGACGUGCGCUCCAUGCUCCCUGAGAACCUCAACCAUUUCUUCAGGUAUAAGGGCUCACUCACCACACCGCCCUGCUAUGAGAGCAUCCUCUGGACGGUGUUCGAUACACCCAUCACCCUUUCGCAUAACCAGAUCAGAAAACUCGAGAGCACACUGAUGGACAUCUAUAAUAAGACCCUGCGGGAUGACUACCGCAUUGCUCAGCCUCUAAAUGACCGAGUGGUGGAGUCAUCUUUCCUUCCUCGACUUGGGAAAGGAUCAUUCUGCCGGCAAGAUGAAAUUGAAUCCAAGCUGCGGAAAAUUGAAGGCCUGAUCACGUCUAUUGGGAAAAACAUGUACUCAGGUGGACGACAUAGCUCGCCGCCAAGCAAAUAUGAACGUCAAGCUUUGUUUCCUCUGGUGCUGACCUUCCUGUGGGAGAAUUUGGGCAGUUACGCAAAGGCCCACCUCAGCCAUCCGAUGGAUCUCGACUCCUUCACCAUCUGUAUGCAUGUCCUUCCUGAAAAGGUGGGAACGCACAACAUCAUCUUCUACGCCAGCGAAGGCGUCCAGAACGAGCUGAUGAUCACCAUCAGCGAGGACAGGGACGCCAAGGAGGUGGGCCUGUGGAUCGGCAAUGAGUUUGUCAACCUGCCGUACAACGUCAAGUCUGACAGCUGGGUCAACUACUGCAUCACAUGGACGUCCCGCACUGGUGGUGUCGAGCUGUGGGUCAACGGCAUGGUGGGGGAGCGACGCUACCUAAAAACCGGUUACACAAUCAUCCCCGGCGGGUUGUUCAUCCUUGGAAAUGACCAGGACGGAUUGCUGGGCAUCUCCAACACCGACUCCUUUGUGGGAAAACUCACCGACGUGAACGUGUGGGACUAUGUGCUCACCACAGCGAAUAUUCGCAACCAGAUGUCAUGUGAGGGGAACAGCACAGUGCAGGGAAAUGUGUUCAGCUGGGGGACCACCAAACUUAGCCUGUACGACGGGGUGCACCUGGACAGUCAGUACAGAUGCUCCUGAAACACUGUCAUGUUUCACAAACCAAUACAGUGGCCUUAGUACUACCGCUGUCAACAACUGCAACUAAUAAACAAUAUUAACAUAAAUAUACUGUAUCACAAAUUAUAAUGCCAAAACAAUGGAAUAUUUUUAACACAAUUUAUCCUUUAAAUGGCUUACAAUGUGAAAACUCUCCUAACUUCCACUAUAAACUCAGACGAAACAUUUCCUCCUCGACGUACUUGUCUAUGAAUUAAGCCGGAUCCUUUCGACAUACUUCCUUGAGAUCAUUUUAUUUUUAUCGUUCUAGUUAGGUGGGGUUUUUGUGCCUUCUCAGUGCAUGAUAAAAAAAAUAACAUAAAAAGUGCAACCAACAGACACAGAAUUUGUUUUCUCUCUCGGGAUAAACGGAGGCUUGACGGAUACAUUGGGGUGUUGAGAAAUUUUGAAAUAUAUUUAAGAAUAUCAAAUAAAAUGCUUGAGGGGCUAUACAGAUUUCUGACAGGGCUGUAGCACCUCCAAGCCUAACCUGACAACAAACAUGAAUAGGAUUUUUUUUUCCCUGCAAAUAGCAACAGAUAGAUGCCCCCCAAAAAUAUGACCAGGUGGAGGAUAACCAUAUCUUAGAGGUGACUUGGUGGGGGUUUUAAUGCUUCAUCGUGAUGUAUGAAAGGAUAAAAAAAAUACAUCAAUUCUGUUGGAUUGAUUAUUUUUAGUCAUCAUACAUUCGCUUAUGCCUGACAUGAUAAAUUGAUUAUGCUUGCAAAGAAGAACGCUUAUGCUUGCAAUCAUUAAUUGACUAUGCCUGCAAUGAAGAACGCUUCUGCUUUUAAUAAAGAUACAUUUUCCAUUAUAUACUCACUUUUAUAAUCAAGAAUGCUUGGUGCACUGUGGGGAAGUUUAGGGACGCAACCACCUUUCCGAGGAAGUGGUUUGGAAGAGAUAAGUGUUAAGACUAAACAGUGAGCAAGGGUGAACAGUGAAUGGAGCCAUCAACACCAGCUGCGACGUGAUUUUUUUGUGAAAAUUGCACACAUGUACGUAAUUUGCACUCACAUACACACACAUAGUCAAACAAGUUCAGUGUGUGUUCAACAGCCCCCACCCUUUAGGUUGGACACACCUAUGUAGUAGUUUUCCCAAUAAAUGAGGAGGUGAAGGGGGAGAUCGUGAGGGUUACGUGCCGAGAACUGAAACCGAACGCUUCUCCUCAUUCCCUCCUGGUACCAGAAUCGAGUCUCCUGUCUCCUCCUUUUGUUUAUUCCUGAGUGUCAAAUUGGAGAUACCUGACAAAUUCCAAAAAAAAAAACAAGACUAUGGCAGUCACAAUCGUGACUCGGUACCAAUCCUGUCGCAGAGUAUGAUACACACAAAAGCGCAAGAGUGACACAGAAUAUUGACAAUGUGACAAAAUUGUCGGUAAAUAUGAUAUUUACCGUCAACUUGAACUUCAUCCUUGUAUUCAUCAUCUUUGUACCGGGAAUAAAAUGGCUUCAAUGUCCA